GCAGUCCGCAUUGGAGACUAUCCCCAUAGCAUCCCCUCUGUUUGUAGCUACGUUAGCUCUGUCAUUAAGUUAGUGGACCAGCCUCCACACAGCCUGCUGGACGCACAAAAGCAGUGGAGGUCUGUCUUUUUUUUUAUGCGACAAAGAUUGAAAGGGCAGCAGAUGAGCUAAGGUUUAUUUCAGGUGGAAUAUAUAAUUGGAGAUGUGUAAUAAACUGCAUUGGACACUUAGGACCUACCUGGCUUCCAGCCUAUCAACUGACAGCUGUCACCGCACCUAGCUGCUGAGCUAGCUUUGUGCUAACGGCUAACAAGUGUUUUUUCCGGCUAAAUUAGCCAGCCAGUGCUACUCUCGCUUCAGAGAGGAAAAUAGCUGACUUCCGCAUGGACGUUAUAGCGUAUUAUUUUCUCAACAGAAUUUGACUCCGCCUGCUGUUCAAACCAUGAGUUAGCUAAGGUGCGUCGGACCGCAGUGUUUGGAAUAUUUAAGGUCCAGCUAAAUAAGCUAGCAUUUAGCCUCGAAGCUAGCUUUCAUUCAAUUUUUGAAAAACUGCUUACGCGUUAACACCAGCACAACAGCGCACCGGGACUGCUUCAAUCCAAACUGUUGUUACGUUACUAGUAUAUUUUGGACUUGCUUUGAAUAACCUCUGGGGGGGGAAAUGAAGAAAUUCUUUGACUCUCGUCGGGAGUUGGUGAGCUCCGGGCCUGGAUCUGGAGCCGGUGGAGGAGGCGCUGGAUCCGGCGGCGGAGACAGCUUCAUCGGACGGGUCUUCACCAUUGGACGGUAUCAGGUGACCGUGGAGGAAAUUGUCGCAGAAGGAGGUUUUGCCAUAGUUUUUCUGGUGCGGACUCAUCAAGGCGUACGUUGUGCACUCAAACGGAUGUAUGUUAACAAUGACAAUGAUCUGCAAGUCUGUCAACUUGAGAUUCAGAUCAUGAGGGACCUAGUGGGCAACAAAAACAUAGUUGGUUUCCUGGACUCCAGCAUUACAGCAGUUGGAGCUGGCGAUGUUUGGGAAGUCCUAAUCUUAAUGGACUUCUGUCGAGGCGGGCAGGUGGUUAACCUAAUGAACCAGCGGCUGCAGACGGGCUUCACUGAGGCCGAGGUGCUUCAGAUCUUUUGUGACACGUGCGAGGCGCUCGCUCGUCUCCACCAGUGCAAUACUCCAAUCGUCCAUCGAGAUCUUAAGGUGGAAAAUAUCCUUCUGCACGACCGGGGACAUUAUGUGCUCUGUGAUUUUGGAAGUGCCACCAACCGCUUCCAAAACCCUCAGACAGAGGGGGUGCCAGUGGUGGAGGAGGAAAUCAAAAAGUACACUACUCUGUCAUACCGCGCUCCAGAGAUGGUCAACCUCUACGCUGGAAUGAUUAUCACUACAAAGGCUGACAUUUGGACGUCCGGCCGGUUGAUUCACAAAGUCGGCUCCCUGACACCCCCCUCGUCGCCAAAGAUGGCCCCUAAGAGCGGCCACCGACGCAUAUUGAGCGAUGUCACUCACAGCGCCGUGUUCGGGGUCCCAGUCAGCAAGUCCACCCAGCUCCUGCAGGCGGCCGCAGCUGAGGCCAGUCUCAACAAGUCCAAAUCAGCCAGCACGACUCCCUCCGGCUCCCCCUGCUCGUCCCAGCAGAGCGUCUAUCAACCAGGUGAUUCUGACGCCAAACCCACCCCAACUGCAGCCAACAAUCAGCCCAGCUGGAACCCCUUUGGGGACGAUAACUUCUCCAAGCUCACAGCAGAGGAGCUGCUCAACAAAGACUUUGCAAAGCUAGCCGAGACUGCUGCGCCAGGAGAGAAGGUCACGGGCUCCAAUGAAAGUCUCAUAUCCGGGAUCAAUGCUUUUCCUGCUGAACGACCGUCAGACAUCAUGAGUGCAGGUUCAGCGGUGUUGACAGUCCCGGACUCUUUUAAUCCCCUCUCCCUCUCUGACACCGCAGAGAAGCUUAUUGAGGGUCUGAAGUCCCCUGAACCUUCUCUGCUGCUCGCCGACCUCCUAACUCCAGCCAACCCCUUCAAUAGUUAUUCAGAGAGCUCCAGCCAUGUGAACUCAGAGAUGUGUGUGGAUUCACUGAUUCCCGGGUUGGAAGCCCCCCAGCGACACUCGGGCCAGCCUGAGCUCAUCCCCGCCAGCAUAACAGACUCUCUCACUGGGGAGGACUCUCUGCUGGGCUGUGAUCUGUUCUCUCGUUCUACUCUUCAUGGAAACCAGUGUGUUUCUGCUCUCCCACCUUCCUCCUCCUCCUCCUCCUCCUCCUCAGCUCCUCCUGGAUCCUGUCUGGAGGAGCUGCCGGCUGGUCAGACAGCUUCUGACUCUACUUUCCUCAUGUCGUGUGGGGAGAAGGGCAAUGACGACGAGUUUGACCCUAUUCCUGUGCUCAUCUCCAAAAACUCAAACCAAGAUGUUCCAGGUGAGAGUAAUGGCUACUCUGUGCUUGGGGAGGGACAGGAGACUGAACCUCGAGAUUUUGAAGCAAAUCAGGGCUGUGUGCACUCCAGCGAUGAUGAGGAGGAGGAGGAGGAAGAAGAAGAAGAAGCCCAUGAAGAGGAGCAGCAGGAUGAGGAAGCCGUUGAGAAUGACACAUCAGCUCUGGACUGCAGCGGCUCCAGACCUCUGCUGAUGGACUCGGAGGACGAAGAAGAACCCGGUUUAGCCCUCAGCUCUUCGCCGGACCCCAGCGCUGCACCAACACAACCACCUACCUUCCACCAACCUCCUCCGAGCACAUUCAUUCAGAAUCAUGGACACGAGCCAGCGAAAGGGGCAGGUGCUGCUGCCGACGUUUUCUCCAAAGCCGCUUUUCCCAUCACGCAAGAUGAAUCGGCCGAUGUGUUCGCCAACGCUCCGUUUCCAUGCGCCUACGUUGCGGCUCCGCAGCCGUUCGAUGUGUUUGCUCAGGCUCCGUUUGGGAAGAGAAAGGAGGCCGCAGGGUCUCUGCCCUCGUUCCCUCAUGCUGUGACCCCCGACCCAGGAGCGCUGGGACAAGUUGCCCAACAGCCUUUCCGCCCACAAGCUCUGGCCAAAUAUUCCCGACACUUUGAGGGACCCGCGCCCCAGCAGCCAGUAGCAGCUCAGCGCAUCGCUUCGAACGCGGCCUCAGUGCCUGCUGGACCUCUUCACUCAUGGACCUCAGAAGUGGGCCCUGUGGACCCUUUCAUCUCGGCCCCCUUUCACUUCAAGGCCCCGCAAGAAAAGCCCUAAAUGCACACUCAGAGCUCAGGGCACUCAUCACUGAAUUAUGCAAACUGUAUCAGGCGUACUGCAUGCUGUCACCAGCGCUGCAGCUGGACUGCAGGCAUGCAUGGGUCUCACUCUUAACUGGCUCUGAUUAGUGAUAGUGCUUCUUUACACUUGAAUGCUCUGACAUCAUUACAUGACUCCUACUCACUUUUUAUUCCUCCUGACAUGUUCUUUUGAGUUGUCCUUAUUCCUUUUGGUACGUACAUCUACACACGGUGGUAAAGCAUUUGAUUGUUUUCUUACCUCAGUUACUUUUUUGUUUCAGCGUUGAAACACCACACAGAGAGGGGGUUUGUAGUCUGUCUGCACCUUGGGUUUCAUUUCAUGUGCGUUUGAGCUUCACUGUGAAACUAAUCUGAUAACGCCUCAUUCCUCCAUCAUACUAGCUCUCAGAAAAAGCUUGAAUCAAAGGAUCAUAACUUCACAGAAGCUCGGAAGAGGACAAGAUGUAAAGAUGGAAUUUAUAUCAAACAAGAAAUGUGUAACCAACAUGAAAAUGAUGCCCUCAAGCCAUGAGUUGUGGGCUUUAUGCCUGACAGUGUAUGAGGCAGGUGCUGGAUAAUGAUGCAUAGACAGACAUGGAAAACAUUUGUUGAUAUGAAAUGUUAUUUUUGAUUUGAUUCCAAAAUGGUGUCAUGUGUAUUAUGUUUGUGGUCUUUGUCCUGUCUUAUGAAAGUGGAAUAUCAGAGUUUCUCCAUGUGUGUUAUCGUACAAACCUUGUUUAAAUGUUAGGCAUAGAAAAUACAUAAUAGUAGUUCCUAUGUUAGAUCAAUGUAAACUCACUUUCUACUCAUUGUACAAGAUAAAGCCUUACACUCUUACAGUACGUCCCUCCGACCACGUCAAACAGCAUUCAUCACUUUUGCCUUUGGUGCCCUCCUUAAAAAAAAAAUGCUGCAUUGACAUCAUUUACCAAAUACCUGGCAUACAGUCAUGUACAUCUAUCCUUUGCUGUCUGCAGUAUGAUAGUGCACUUCACUUCUGUAAUGCAUCUCUAUCAAAGGUCCUAUAAACUCCAAAUGUGUACUAACAGGGAUUUAUCAACGACUGAAGAGACACGUUUACAGAGAAAUGCUUUCCUGCAGUCAGACAAAUAUCUACAGCACUUAUGAUUUGCAUUUCCAGUCAGGGAUUGUAUUAGUAGUAUCUUGUGAGGUCUUGAAUGGUGACUGGUUGAUGACAUUCCAUUUGAACUUCUUUCCGUCGACAUUUAGGGAUGUUUUAUUGUCUUCGUGCUCUGUAAAAUCAUUGAACACUUCAUGGGUUUCCACCAUGGCACUUUUUUUUAGAAAGGGGAUCCAACCGGUUUCGGCCCAAAGUGUAAUUCAUGUAUUCCUCUGUUGCAAUGUCAAAUCCUGUAUUCUUUUUCUUUUUGAAGUGUACAAUCUUUUUGUUAUAAUUGCUCACUUUUCUCACCCACCUUGUAUACAUGAAGGUUGCACAUAGAACCUGACACAGAGUCAGUGUUCCCUAAGAAUGUGUUUUGAUUGUAACACAGCUGUAAAAUGUAUUACAACCCGUGUAGUAUAGGAGGAUUCAACAACUGACAAUACUGUUGGACAUCGAAAGCACUCUAAAUAAUUGCUAUGCUGCACAGCCUGCCUUUGAAAACUAUGUUGUAUGUCAUAAAAAAACUAUUAAAUGAAUGUAAAUCUAA